AUGCAAAACAUGGUAGAACCAUUUAAUAUUGUACAUGAGCUUGGUGUUCCAGAGGAAAUUUCACUUAAAGAUUCAACAUGUUCUAAUGGUAAAUUUCUUCGCAUGUUUUAGUUUUGUAUGCUUAGUUCUCUAUGUUUUAAAUUAUUUUCACUUGAUAUGAACUCGCCCGGUUCUACAAAAUUAGAAAAUCUCUUGUUUCAUGAUAAAUCUUACCACCCCAUAAUACACAAUGAAUCUCUUGCUACUGGU